CGAGCUUUUUCCUGCCAAGAACGCCUGGGUAUUAUCACGACAAUAUAUGUCGUACGGCGACUUGAUCGUCCAGAGGGAGAUUCUACGGGUGUGCUCGAUCUGAGCUGCGGUAUUGGCGGAUUUGGAUAUCGCACUGGUAACGACUUGCAACGAGACGCCAUUGCAGUUCAUGCGCCACAACGGUGAGAGAGAUUUUUAGGUGACUAAACAUCGAAAGCAUUCGUUGCCUGUCCGACAUGGUCGUCUCUACACAGAUGCCAGUGGGAUCUUUGGAUGUUGCUCAGAACGCAACGCCCGCUGUGAAUCGACAAAGCCUCUCGAACGCUACUGCAUCGACUUCGCGGUCAACAUCAGUACAAGAACCUCGGGCUACACACCGUGGAAACGAGGAUGUACCGACUGACGAGGAUGACGACCGUCGUGACCGCGAAGCAACUGAACUCGACGAUGCCUCCAUGUUCAGGCGGGUCGUAGAACAGCGACCUCUUCGCUCGGGGUUUCUCGGCAAGGUUCAGCGCUUCUGGCGCAACGAAGUGCGCCUUUCUGUGCCGCAUGCUGACUGUCGAGAUCAUCUCGCUAACGAACGAACCUUUCUGGCAUACCUGCGAACCUCCCUCGUGUUCUCAAUGCUUGGAGUUCUGAUUGCUCAGCUCUAUCGGCUUCAGCAUUCUCCCAGUCCAGGGGUCAUCUUCGGCUAUUAUGUCCUAAGUCUCCCAUUAUCCAUUCUGUUCCAGUGCGCCGCAAUCCUCGUCCUCGGUCUCGGUUGCAUACGCUUCUAUCGACAGCAGGCGGCCAUGGCACGAGGCAAGGUACACGCGGGUGGGUGGGAUCUCUACACACUCAUGGGGAGUGCGUUCAUGCUGAUGAUAACGCUGUUUACGCUUCACAUAACAGUCUCGGUGUACGUAGAGAAGCAUAAGCAGCGUCCUCUAUGAUCCAACGUGAAAAUCAAGCAAAGCAUUCUUGAUAGCUCGAUGCUACUUACCAACAUGACAGCAAUUUCCUAGGCUACGCAAUCACAAUGUGAAUGUUUCCAAGAAGCGAGCAGGGACUCUCGGGAUUGACAGGUGGAGCUCGACGACCGAUAAC